UAAAACUGCUCAAAGUAGAAAAGCACACAAACCUUUGGAAGCAUACAAGACCUGAAAUGACUCGCAGACUAAUAGCACCAGCACUAGCCAUGUGCUUCACCUUAGCUUUAUGUUUAAAAUACCACACAGCUCAAUCAAGUAUCAUACGGGAAAGAUGUCAAUGCCUAAACACAGUGGACGCAGUCAAAGGAAGGAGGAUAUCUGAUUUCAAAGUAAUUGAGAAAUCUUCAAUAUGCAAGAAUGACCAAAUCAUCAUUACAUUCAAAAGUGGAAAGCAAGUUUGCCUAAAUCCAAACAAAGCACAAGGAAGAAAACUGAAAAAAUGCUGGAAGAGGUUUGAAGAGAAGAAGCGAUGCUUCCAAAGGAAUGGACAGAAAAAAAACAGAAAGCAGAAGAAGAGUUCCUAAGAUGAUAAAAAUGACACAACAAUUGCAAAGCAACAAAGUUGUUUAAAUGAUGGGGACAAAUGAUGGGGUUUAUGUUAAUCUAUCCAGCAAGCUUCCAUUCAACACUGCCAGUAUCUUUAAAAGAAACCAAAAUGUGGCUCUUAAAAUACAAAGCAGACAAUCUUUCAGUGAAGAUGUAUUAUAGAUUGCAAACCCCAGAUACACUUUCAUAAAUAAGAAAGUACACCUGUUUUAUUAUUAACCAUUCCUAAUUAGGGAACAAGAUUGUGUGUGUAGUAAAACAUUUUAUUUUUGGGGGAAACUAAUAACCAAAUAUUUUUACUUUUCUUUAAAGAUUUUACACAUCAUCUUACACUGUUUGCUACUAUUACGAGAAUAAAAUAGCAUACAAAACCUCUGGCAUUGCUAACUCAGAUGUUGCCGACCACAGCUCAGAAUGUUACAUUUUCAUAAGAUGGGAAGUGGCAUUUUUAAUACAGAAGUUAUGAACUUUGAUCCUAAUGACCUGCUGUGACUUCUGGCUUUUCUCUGUAUUUGAUAUCCAUUCUACUCCCAAAGUUAACUGAAAUAAACAAAAAAAAAAAAUACAACUAUAACAAUAACCAGAUUAAGGUAUUUAGUUCUUGUAUAAUGCUGUUAACCUUGUUAGGACUUGGCACCCUUGUUAAGGGAGAAAGCACUUUUUUUUUAUGUUAUUUAAAAUUACUCUAUUUGGGCAUUAAGAAAGUAUUGAACACGUGCAAAACUAAAUUAGGGUUAGCACAGAGUGAGAGGUCAUUGUUUUUAUAUUGUAUAUUCUACACGAUGUGCAGUUAUAAGUACUCAAUGGUAGUGUAAAUAACAGCAGUAUGCAAUGCUUUGUUCACACCUAAAAUUUCAAGCAGAUGAUAGUACAUUUCUGUUAAACAGAAAAUAUAGCCGGAGAUUCAAGACACAAGUUACUGUUCAAAUUAAGCACAAUUCAAAUAUAAAUGAGUUUUUUUGGUUGAGUGUUCUAUUAUAUGAAAAUAUUUUUAAAUAUGUUCUAUUUUUGUAUAUAUUUGUAUUUCAUUCAGUUCUUUGUUUUGAGAUAAUAAAAUUGUAUUUAUGUAUACCCUAAUGUUAAACACAGAA